AUGAAUCAUUCCGCCCGGCAUGCGUUGUCUUCCGACAACAAUGGAGCUAUCGGACGCAGAAAAGUUGGUGUUGAGGCCGACAAUCGGGAGGGUUACCAUUGGCGACCGUGGGAGAUGAAAUCUGAGAAUGAGACAAGUCAAGCCCAGACUGCAUUCGAGGGCGAGCCCGAAAAGUCCACACAAAAUAGCAUUAUUGCACUGAAAUGUGUAUCCGAAUCCUUAGCAAAUUCUGUUAACCGAUAG